AGUUUUUUCUUUCUAAUCACGGAUGAUGACAGACAAGUCGUUUUUGUUUCUUGAAAUUUUGAUAGCAAGAUUGAACUAAUUUUCAUAAAUUUUUGUUCAAUUUUCUCUGCCUUGCAAAGAAAUUAUCAUGUUUUUGUGAAAAAAACUUUACCUGGGAGAAACCACAUUGCUUUCUCAUUUCCCUCAAAAGAAUUAUCAAUUUUGUUGUUAACACUUAUGAGUGUCCAUGCAGAAAAUAAUUUUAUCUUCUGCAAAAUUGGAUAAAAUAAAUAGAUUGGGUUUUUUCUUAGCUCGAUGUAUUCCAACCUAUCAAGGUUAUUUUCAUGCAGAGUUUUAAAAAUGGAUUUCGAAGCUGACAGUUUCGGGACUUGAAGCUGAAUUAUCUCUUUCUGAAAAACGAUAAAGUUUCAAUUAAUUUGGUUCAAAUACUCUGAAAAAUGGAUAACGGGUUUGAAUUGGGUGCUUGGGUGCAAAAACUUUACAUGUUAUCCACUUCUGAUCAUGCAUCAGUUGUGUCGAUGAACCUCUUCGUGGCCCUCCUCUGCGGAUGCAUUGUUAUUGGCCAUCUGCUUGAGGGGUAUCGUUGGAUGAACGAAUCAAUCACGGCCCUUAUCAUAGGUUUAUGUACUGGAGUGGUUAUAUUGUUGAUGAGUAGGGGCAAGAGCUCACAUCUCCUGGUCUUUAGUGAGGAUCUGUUCUUCAUCUAUCUUCUUCCUCCUAUUAUAUUUAAUGCUGGGUUCCAGGUUAAGAAGAAACAAUUUUUCCGUAACUUCAUCACUAUAACGUUGUUUGGAGCUUUUGGUACACUUAUUUCAUGCGCUGUCAUAUCCACGGGUGUCAUGUUAUUCUUUAAGAACCUGGAAAUUGGCUACCUGGAUAUUAGUGACUAUCUUGCAAUUGGUGCAAUAUUUGCUGCAACAGAUUCUGUUUGCACAUUGCAGGUGCUAAGUCAAGAUGAGACGCCACUACUUUACAGUUUAGUGUUUGGAGAAGGUGUAGUGAAUGAUGCUACUUCAGUGGUGCUUUUCAAUGCCAUUCAAAACUCUGAUCUGACAACUAUUGAUCCAACAAUUGCUUUACACUUUAUUGGAAGUUUCUUGUACUUAUUUCUUGCGAGCACGCUGCUCGGGGUUUUGACUGGACUUCUCAGCGCUUUUAUAAUCAAAAAGUUAUACUUCGGAAGGCACUCUACAGAUCGUGAAGUUGCGCUUAUGAUUCUCAUGGCAUAUUUAUCAUAUAUUCUAGCAGAACUAUUCUAUCUUAGUGGAAUUCUCACUGUAUUUUUCUGCGGAAUUGUGAUGUCUCAUUACACCUGGCACAAUGUGACAGAGAGCUCAAGAAUUACUACAAAGCAUGCUUUUGCAACUUUGUCAUUUGUCGCCGAGACUUUUAUCUUCCUCUAUGUUGGCAUGGAUGCCUUGGACAUUGAGAAGUGGAGGUUUGUGAGUGACAGUCCCGGGACUUCAGUUGCAGUGAGUUCGACACUUUUGUGCCUAGUUUUGUUAGGGAGAGCAGCUUUUGUGUUUCCUUUAUCAUUCUUAACUAACUUGACGAAGAAAUCUCAGAAUGAACAUAUCACCUUUGGGCAACAAGUGAUAAUAUGGUGGGCUGGACUCAUGAGGGGUGCUGUGUCUAUGGCCCUUGCUUAUAAUAAGUUCACGACAUCUGGGCAUACUAAACUACGACCUCAUGCAAUAAUGAUUACCAGCACUAUAACCGUUGUUCUUUUCUCGACUAUGGUAUGUGGUCUAAUGACACAGCCCCUUAUAAGACUUCUGCUACCACAUCCGAAACAGUCUAGCAGUGCUGCAUCAUCUGGUUCUAAUACUCCGAGGUCGGUGAGGAUACCACUCCUCGGGAAUCAACAGGACUCUGAAGCUGAUAUGAGUGACGAACAUCCGCCUACUAGUCUACGCAUGCUUUUAGCAACACCUACUCACACUGUGCAUCGAUGCUGGCGUAAGUUCGAUGACACGUUCAUGCGACCGGUGUUUGGUGGACGGGGGUUUGUUCCUUUCAUUCCUGGUUCACCGACCGAACAGAAUCCAUACUGAUGUUGAUGAAAGCAAGGAUAAAGAACCAUGGAGUAUUUUGUACAAGUCGAGUUUAGUCAGAUGAACCUGGGGACAUUUUAUGACCUUCAAUAAACUGAUGGAAACCACAUUGUACGGUGCUAGAUUGAAUUAUAUUUGCGUGUCACGAUAUCACUUAAAGAUUAUUUUCCACUUUA